AUGUUUUCUCUUUCGGCCAUUGGAAGAAGGAUUAUAUCAUUUAAGUCUUUGUACUUUGAGAGAAGAAGCUGUAAGUACAUUUGUUGGAGAAGUUCAUCAUUUGCUUUUAUGGUAGUAACUGCCAAGCUUCAGACCCUCAGGAUGUAUGACUCUCAACUCUUGAAAUCUAAAUCCAAUCCAUUAUGGGGCAGAGGAACCAAGUCAGAGGGCAUAGAAAGUUGCCAACAGUCUACAAGUGGAGAAUCUUUUCCAUAUAGAUAUCAACUUGAAGAGGAUGUAAAAAGAUUGCAACUUCAACUCCAAGAAGAAGUGGAGUUGCAUACUUUUUUAGAGAGCCUCAUGGAGAAAGAUCCUUGGGAGCUAUCUUCUUCUUGUAGUGUUCCACAUCAUGCUCAAGAACUUGUUUCCAAUAUAGCCACGCUAGAGACUGCAGUCACGAAGCUAGAGCAAGAAAUGAUGUCACUGAAUUUCCAACUUAGUCAAGAACGAAACGAGAGAAGACUAGCUGAAUAUCAUUUGACACAUUCUGCUUCUCCACCAAGUUCUUUUUCUUCUUCCUUGAGAUAUUUGGAUUCUGAACUACAUCAAUCAGCAGAAGACAGUCCACGUCAAGACCAAGAAUCUUCUUCUGAGUCAUCUCCGGCAGAAUCAACCGUUGAGAAAACAUUGGACUCAAAUAAUCAGUUUCUUGAGAAGAAGCCAAUGAAAAAGACAAAUGCCAGGAAGCUACAUAGAGGAAUGCCAUCUAAGUUCAUGUGGGAUCAUCCUAAUCUAUUAUCUGAAGAGAUGGUGAGAUGUAUGAAGAAUAUCUUCAUGUCUCUUGCUGAUGCGACAGCAACUUCAAAAGCAUCCUCAAACGAGAGCCAACUCUCACCGGUAUCACCACUUGGGCAUCUAUCAAGCUCAUCUUCCUGGUGGCCUUCAACAGAACGGUCAAUGAUCUCUUCAUGGGUGCAAAGCCCUCAAAUAGAUGUCCAAAACAACACUGAUGUCUUGGCCACAGGAAAUGUCUUUGACCCUUAUAGAGUUCGUGGGAAGUUAAGCUGGGCAGAGAUUGGAAACUACGGUUUAGCAUCUGAGGUUUCUUGGAUGUCUGUUGGGAAGAAACAGUUGGAAUAUGCUUCUGGGGCAUUGAGAAGGUUCAGGACACUGGUGGAGCAACUGGCUAAAGUAAACCCAAUUCAUUUGAGCUGUAAUGAGAAGCUAGCUUUCUGGAUUAACCUCUACAACGCUUUGAUCAUGCAUGCGUAUUUGGCAUAUGGUGUCCCAAAAAGCGACUUGAAGCUCUUCUCCUUGAUGCAAAAGGCUGCAUAUACAGUUGGAGGGCACUCAUACACUGCAGCGGCAAUGGAGUAUGUGAUACUGAAGAUGAAACCUCCCACGCACAGGCCACAAAUUGCACUGCUUCUUGCCAUUAACAAGCUGAAAGUAUCAGAAGAACAACGUAAGGCAAGCAUUGAUACUCAUGAACCUCUUCUCUCCUUCGCCCUAAGCUGUGGAAUGUACUCUUCCCCUGCGGUGAGAAUCUACACAGCCAACGGAGUGAAGGAAGAGCUACUAGAAGCUCAAAGGGAUUUCAUACAAGCAUCGGUAGGGCUGAGCAGCAAAGGGAAGCUCCUUGUACCCAAAAUGCUCCAAUGUUACGCCAAGAGUUUGGUGGAGGAUUCUAAUUUAGGGGUCUGGAUAUCAAAGUACCUCCCUCCACAUCAAGCAGCUUUUGUGGAACGUUGCAUCUCUCAGAGAAGACAAAGCCUUCUUGCUUCACGUAACUGUGGAAUACUCCCAUUUGAUUCUCGUUUCAGAUAUCUGUUUCUCCCGGACAACAACAACAACUCCUCUGCGUAAAAAAGCCUUUAAAAGCUUUGUUUCGUCUGUAAAAAGCCAAGAGACAUAGAAAGCUGUUUUCAUCAACAUGAUCAUAUAUUAUUAUUCCCAACUUAGCGUUGGGGCUUAUCAGUGUAUAUUUUAUAAAUAAAAUGUAUGAGAAAAGAAUGUUGUUGGAAGUGUUAUAAGUUUAUGUCCACAGUUUUAACGUAUCC